AUGUGUGGGUGGUUUUUGCUGCCCAUAUGUGCCAUAAGCUCCCUGAGACCCUACAACAUAACAAAAUCAUUGUCUGAUGAAAUUCAAAAGGCAGCCACACAGGAAUUUGUGCUUGACAAUAGUUGGAAUAUUCUAAGAAAUUCAUUAAACAAGGAUAAAAAUAUCACAUUAUUUAAUCACCCACUGCCGCAUUAUACAGCAGCAACAGCAUUUGACACAUCUUCUUGGCAAUUAACGCAAAGUGUAUUGAACGAACAUAAAAGUGCUGACAAGAAUGCCGCUCGUCGUUCUGUUCCUGAUGAGAAUGUUAAAAUUCAUAAUGAUUUUCAUUAUGGAAUUAAUAAAAGCAAUCAAGAAAAUAAUUUCUACAACAACCAAAAACAACCAACACCUUUAUUGUCUAACAUCAAACUUGUAAACUCAUCAACCUUAUCGCCAUCGUCAGCAUCAUCGUUGUCACCAAGAGCAACAAACUCCACAUCAUCAUCAUCAGCGUCGUCAUAUUUUGAACGUGUUGAAUUGCUUGAAUCUCUGACGCAUACGAAAAAUGAAAAAUUACUACUUCAUCGAAACAAACGCUAUUUAUUAUUUCCCGAAGGUAGUUCUUUCCAGUUAGUUUUUGAUCUUAUCAUAGCGGUUGUGGAUUACACUAACUUUGCCAUUAUGGGCAUAACAUGUGCAGUGGCCUGGGAGUUACCGAGCAAACCGCCUAGUGAGAUAAUUGAGAAUUUCCGCACAAAACUUAACGAUGGUACAUUCGGUCUCAGUAGACGCAAUGAUUCCACACUGCAACAACUUGAGUACAUUAAUAGCCAACGAACGGAACAGGAGGCCGUAGAAGACAAUAAAAGAUGGGAGGUAGGCGUACCAGUAGACACUGCAAACAUGUACAACCAACCCUAUACACAGUAUCAGCAGCACCAGCAGCUGUCAGCAACAGUUGCAACCACAUCCGGACGUGAAAAAUUGUUAACGAACGCACCAAAGCCACAACAACUACCACCACCCCCAUCUUCAAGCAAUUUCUAUCACAACAACGACAACAACUAUCGUCACCGAGAGAAAUUCCAACCAUCAACAGCAACAACAUCUUUCUAUAGCCAGCAUCCGCAGCAACAACAGUGGCCCAACUACAAUUUCGAAACGUUUGAUACUAAUCAAAGAAAAACUUUAUACGCCAACGACAAUAAACAACGGCCAAUGUACCGAAAUGAUUUUGCCUUCCAAGCAAACAAAAACAACAACCAACAGGCUCAGCAUUCAGCCAACAAAUGGAAUGCUGAAAAUUGGCAACCAAAAAAACACCAAUACUCACACCAGCAGCCGCAGCCGCAGCAGACGAAAAUUCCAUACAACGAUGCAGGCGAUUACUGGAACAAAGACAACUGGUGGGAUCGCAACAAAGACCGCAUAGAAAAACACUGGCAGGAAAACCAACAGAAAUGGUCGUCGCAGUAUCAAGAAAAUUCCCAUAAUUAUCAAACACCCAUGUUUAGCAGGCGCACAGGCAGAAAUCGUAAAAUUUUAAAUAAACCACCAAAACAUCGCAUCUACCCGGUAUUUGGCAAACGUAGACGUAGACGUAGCAGUUCUGCUGACCAUCAUCGUGCACAUUUGCACAAUGACGAUUUCUCACAAAUACUGCAAGACAUUCACACCCGAGAACAUUUACAGACACGACAAAAACUGUAUGGAAAAAUUGAAAAACUUUAUAAAGCACGUGGUCAGAAUGGAACCGCUUGUGUUUUGAGGGCUCUCUGUGAAACAGAAAAAAAUCAUUUAAAUGCUCAUUACAACGAAACACCUCAAAGUUUUGUUAUGGAACUUUUGCGUUCCAUAUUUGCAUUGCCCAAAGCAAUGCUGGCCAACUCAAAGGAUUCGUCGUUGCAUCUACAUUCCCGCUACACGGAUGCGGUCUUGCAUGCACAUGAUGUCACCCAAAGUUGUAGUCAGCAAUAUUACGAUUGUGAAUACAGCAUCACCUACGAUAUAUAAACAGAUACAUUAAUACCCUCCCACAUGCACAAUUG